GAAGAAUUAGAAGUAGGAAUUUUAGUGACAGAAGAGGAACAUAAGGAGAAGAAGACAGGCAGAAGUAGUUUGAGCGGCAAGAAGAAUGGAAUAACGAUGAGGCUUGUAAGAACCAACCCAAGGAAGAUGUGUUAAAGGUGUAUUCAAUAUAUUAUUUUCAUAUUUUACGAAUUCAGUAUGCUAUUUGCUUAAUACAAUAAACUGAUUUGCUUUAUUCAAGAUCCCGUUCAUUUCACCCGAAAUAAAGUCAAAACGUCCACUAACAAGUUUAAGUCAUUUAUAUCAAUCAGUCAAGUGAUUACAUACCAAUGACCAGAGACAUCGCUUUUGCAAUUCAUUUUAUCACAAUCAACUUCUGUAAAGUGUUAAUAUACAUGUUUAAUUUUAAGAACAAUCUUCUUAAGAAACCAUCUUGGCUAUUUAAGCAAAGAUGGAAUCCAGAACGCAAGUUUCGUCCCAUUUGGGACUGGUCAGCUGAUGUGCCUGCAUCCGAGUUGAUGUUCACCCCAGGACGACUGAUCAGUUGCAGUUCUAACCAUCAAUGGGGAGAUUCGAGCAAAACAACACCUAGUGAAUUUAAACAUCUUGACUGUUUCACUUUUAUUGUCAACAUUGAAUUCACAUUUUAAAAGUAUUUUAAGGUUUGCUUAUGUUCAAGACAAUCCACUUUUGAUAAAUGACUAUGAGACUAAAAGAAACCAGUAAUAUUUCAUAUAAUCAAUAUGUUCUGAAAAGUUAA